UUGUUCAAACUUCAUAAAAUUCUACAAAGAAAUCUCAACUCAAAUUCUCAAACCCCCAUUGCCAUUUCCUUAACUUAAAACAUCCCUUCACGUUUCUCUCUGAAAUCCUACAAAAUAAAAUCCCCUUUUCACAUUUCUAAGAGAGCUGAGUUUUUUAGUUAUCAUCAUCAUGGUGAAAAGAUGGAACAUUUGCUUCGUUUUAAUGGUUCUCUUCUUGAUUUCUUCUGGGGUACUCGUCUCCGGUGGAGUAAUCCACAGCUUUAUGAGUCUUAACUCGAAUUCAUCCUCAUCCGGGAUUGAAAUGCCUAAACAUCCAAGCUUCUAUGCCGCGUCUUCAUCAGCAUCGAACUCCGAUUGCAGCUUUGUGCAGAGAAGAAAGUCAACCGCCCACCAUUCUCUUCACUCUCUUGAGCGUGGCUCGAACGGAGGUGGCGGUUUAGAACCGGUCAAGUUCAAUCUCAAGCACAGAUCGGACGGCCAGGAACCAAAGGGUAAAAAAGAUUCAGUCUUUGAGUCAACCACACGGGAUUUGUCCAGAAUCCAGACACUGCAUACAAGGAUAACCGAGAAGAAGAAUCAAAACACCCUCUCAAGGCUCAAGAACCCAAACCCCGCCGGAGAUCCGGUAGUUUCGUCGGGAUCUUCAUUUUCCGGUCAGUUGAUGGCGACCAUAGGGUCAGGGGUGAGCCUAGGCUCAGGGGAGUACUUCAUGGACGUCUUUGUGGGUACACCUCCUAAACACUUCUCUCUCAUUCUUGACACCGGUAGUGACCUUAAUUGGAUCCAAUGUGUCCCUUGCUUGGAUUGUUUUGAACAGAAAGGACCUUACUAUGACCCUAAAGACUCAAUUUCAUUCAGAAACAUAAGCUGCAAUGACCCUAGGUGCCACCUUGUUUCCUCACCUGAUCCUCCAAUUCCUUGUAAAUCCGACUCCCAAACAUGCCCUUACUACUAUUGGUAUGGGGACAGUUCCAACACGACAGGCGAUUUCUCCCUUGAGACGUUCACAGUUAACCUUACGACUCAGGCUGGCAAGCCCGAGUUCAGAAAGGUGGAAAAUGUCAUGUUUGGUUGCGGGCAUUGGAAUAGGGGACUAUUCCAUGGGGCUGCCGGAUUGCUAGGGUUAGGGCGUGGCCCAUUGUCCUUUGCCUCUCAACUCCAAUCCUUCUAUGGAGACUCAUUCUCCUAUUGUUUGGUUGAUAGGAAUAGCAAUUCCAGCAUUAGUAGCAAGUUAAUAUUUGGGGAGGAUAAGUCUCUAUUGAGUCACCCACAACUGAACUUCACUUCAUUGGUUAGUAAUAAUAAUAGUGGGAAAGAAAACCCGGCCGAGACGUUCUAUUACGUAGAGGUUAAAUCGGUUCUUGUUGGCGGGGAAGUGGUUGGGAUCCCAGAGGAGAUGUGGGGGUUUUCACCCGAGGGUGCGGGUGGGACCAUCAUUGAUUCGGGGACCACUUUGAGUUACUUUGCUGCCCCGGCUUACGAUAUCAUCAAGAAUGCGUUCGUUGAAAAGGCGGGAAAAAGGUAUCCAGUUGUACACGAUUUUCCUAUAUUGGAACCUUGUUACAAUGUGUCCGGGGUCAAGGAACUUGAUUUGCCUUCGUUUGGGGUCGUGUUCCGUGAUGGGGCAGUAUGGAAUUUCCCGGUCGAGAAUUACUUCAUUAGGAUCGAACCGGAGGAGAUUGUUUGUUUGGCUAUUCUUGGGACUCCAAAGUCCGGUCUAUCUAUAAUUGGGAAUUAUCAGCAGCAGAACUUCCAAAUAUUGUAUGACACUAAAAAGUCCAGGCUUGGUUUUGCGCCCAGAAAAUGUUCUGAAGCCUAAUGUUUUGUGUGUGCGAAGUUUUUUUUUAUCAAAGGAAAGGCGGG